GUAACACACGAUGUUUGACUGUUUGCCGAACGCGAGCGCAAUCGAUCGGCAACAAGAUUAGCUGUCACUAGAGACAAGUAAGAUGCGUACAGGAAAAAAAAGUUUAUAGAAAACCUUUCAUGAAGGAUAAUAACUAAUAAAUAAAAGUGAAAAUUUGGUGGACAAAGUUUUUGCGAAUGUAAAUAUCAUAUUGUCAUUUAUGACGUACUUGAAUAAUCUUGUGAGAAGAAACGUCAAAAUUUUUGUGUGUCAUAUUGUUUUACGAUGGUCUUCUGUUUAACAUCUGUGUUGGUGAUCAUUUGUUAUGUUUGUGGAUGAGGUUAGAGCUAGUGCAUUACAGCGUGCGUAGAUCAGAACUUCCGGAGAUACAUUUCUUGAGAGGUGUGUAGCUCCAAGAGAGAUGUCCACAUAGUUUUAUUUUUGUUAAAAUGGGUGAUAAAAAUGAGUUCCUGAAAAUGGCUUUCGUUGUGGACGACCUUCCAGAAAACUUUGAUCCUUCUGCAGAUCCAAGUGAUGGGCUGGAGUAUUUGCAGCAGGUUCGUUGGGAAGCUUCGAAAUGCGACGACGUUGUGACUGCGGUUAUUGAUAAGGCGAAACUGAAGAACAGAGCUGUUGUCAAUAUAUUGCCUGAGUGUAAGAAGGUGCCUCGGCAAUUCUUGCCUGAUUUAGAAUGGCAACAACAACAAAUUGCAAAAUUUUCAGCCCUGAGACAGAAGAUGUCAAAAUACAGGAAGAGAAAACCUCCACAAGAAAGUGCCGUGAAAGUACCACAAAUAGGAGACGAGAAAGCCUGGUACGAUGUUUGUGUAGAAUACAAAACACCCCCGUUGGUGAGUGUCGUUUUGCCACUGCCUCAACGUUUGGUGGAGUGGCUGCUGCAGUGUAAUGUGGAAUGGCUGUCGGAUUCGGAACGACUGACCCAGUAUCAAGGGCGGUGGAUAUAUGCUUUAAUGGCAUGCUUGGAGUUACCACUCACCCCAGAAAGUUGUAGCAGUCUUCGCACGUUAGCGCGGGAAUGUGCAAGAAUUCGUGCUUAUGAAGUAUCAAAUGCGGAAGAGCCCGUAGUAAUACCAUUAAAUCUGUUAAUCUGUUUAGUUGCCAACUAUUUCCGUCAAAUGGAUCUUGCAGACAUAGAUUUGAUGUGAAUGCUAGACAGGAAGUUAUCUAUUUGUUGGAGCAUGUGAUGAGAACUCUAAGGAGGAAGCUGAAAGAUGUCCGUCGAUCCAUUCUCCACAAAGAUGUAUGGCUGUAUCCUGAUGGACCAGUCAACUUGCAAGAGAUCAUUGGUGCUGGGUAACGUACGUGAGCAUCUGUUGACUGGAGCUGUGUUGUGACUUUUAUUUGUGAAAUGGUGGCCAAGACUGCUCAAGACAGUGUUAUUCAGCAUAAAUGCAUGUCUUUCUUAAAAAAAAAAAAAAAAAAAAAAAAAAAAAAUUCGGGAUUGACUUUCCAAUCAUUAUGUAACUUUAAGUCAGUAUGUAUUUUUUUUGUCAUUUGACAAUUAAUAUUUGAGGUCUCUAUGUAUGUAGAUUGGUUGUAUGGAAAGUUAGCAAAUAGUGUGGAUGACAUUUACUAGUAUGGGCAGUAUAACAGAAUUUAUGCAUGUCUGCUGUCAUACUCUGAUUUUGGUUCUCAAGCUACUGGAUUGUGUCAUCAUUCAAAGCUAUUUAUGGCUAUGUUUACCUGAAUUUAUCCUGAGUAUUGCAAUAUUAUAUCUGAUUGGAUCUUGAGUAAUAUAUAUUGAUAUGAUUAUGAGCUUUAUUCAUUUUGCUGUGUCAAAAAUUUUUUUCUCUUUUGUACUCAAUGUGGUUUGGAUUCAUUGGUCGAUCCCCACGUUGUAAACUUAGGCCUUAAUAUUUUUCUAUUAUUUUGUUCUUUCAUGAGUCAACAUAUCAUUGAAUCAUACAGUUUAUGUGACUGAUUGAUUACUACUCACGAUUGAGUAUAUUCUUCUGGUAUGUACCCAUUAUUGUGA